AUGCAACGAGCUUACUUAGCUUUUGAAAGCUCCAAACUGAAGUUUGCUACUCUUCCUGCUUGUAAAAUGAGUGGAGGGAUUAAAUGGGAGCAGGGUCGUAUGGGGCUUGCAUAUCUGCAGAGAGACUGUGCUUAUCUUGUUGCUGUUAACGAUCAACUCAUCUUUGUGGAGCAAAUUCAUUCCUUAUUUAUGGGACAAACUACUUCUGAUGCUAGAUGCUGAUAGGACAACCAUAGUUGAUGGAAUGGAUAAGCUUGAAAGCAGGUAAUGAACAACGGAAGACCUUGCCAUCACCAUUCUGGCUAGAACCCCCCACCUCUGCACUUUCUGGCUAGCAACUCUUUAUGUUGAAUAAGCCAUUGUUACAAGGAGGCUACACUUUGUAUUUGUUUUACCAUCUUUGUGUAAAGUUGAGUAAUUUUUUUUUUGAAGUAAAUUAAGUACAAGGAAUAUAUCCUACAAAGUAGGAUAAGACAAUUGAAAUGCAUUGUAUUUGUUUGUAUUUAAGCUACUUCUAUGAAAUACAUUGAAUAUGAAUAUUAUUAUCAGUUUUAAAGACA